AUGGACGGCUGUCUUUGUAACACAAUCCAUACCUUAUCAAAAGCCUACAACGAGGCCCAAGCCAAAGAUCUCAUCCCUGCGCUAAAUCGCCAUCUAGAAGAUCUGCGACAAUUCUUAGCGCAGGCGAGUUCGCUCAGUCGUCAGGUGCAGUAUCAGAUUACACCACGAAACCAACGAACCGGCAAGGCCCUCUUUGUAGACAAGGUUGACCUCGCCCCUGUCGAUCGGGUAUUUUCAAGGUUCGAGAACGAUGUGAUUGGUUUCUGGGCAGACUCGGAUGAUCGUGUUCAUCUUGAACUUCGGCGCCGACUUGCCUGCGUUGCGAUAUUUCUUCGAUCUAAAUUAGACAUGCAGAUACUGGCGCCUCCUCAAGUGGCUAAGAUAUUUCCUGGAUUGCGGAGUUUCGCAGAUCUGAGAAACCCUGGGAGGAAGUAUGUUCAGAUAGCCCAGAGAAUAGGCGGCGAAGGGGCAAUCUUCUGGCUUCCACUCGACGUCCCUGCUUCAACUUAUGAGAGGUAUCUGAGUGUUGAUGAUGAAGAAGUCUUCACCCAUUUAUCAUCCCUAAAUCCAACAUUUGAGAAGUACAAUGAGCUUGUACAGCGCCUCAUCCUCAGCCAGCUAUGCGACCCUCCUUCGCGAGUACGAUAUCACAAUCUGUUUAGCGAGUUCGCUUUAUUUGUUCCUGCUCAAGAUCAGCUAACGCUUGUAAUGUACGCACUUGGCGGCAUCGACAUACCGGCUGUGUUGUUAAAGAGUAUUCGCUUUCCACAACGACGUUGGAACGCCGACGGAGAGGUAGAUCAAACCAGUGCGCUUAAAUUUGGCCUACCUGAAAACCUUGUAGAUCUUUUAUGCGAUGAAGCAAAGCUCUCCGAGGCCAUAGCAGGCCCGUAUGUCGUCGAUAGAAUCCAAACAGACAAUACCGAAGCUUGGUCCCUCAGUCCCGAGCGAAUGUCGAGUCUCGAGGAAGUCUUAACGCCACAAACGAUCGAAAUGCUCGAGACGACAGCGCUGAAGCUCAUUUGUUUUGUUUGCCCCCUAUGCUAUGAGGGGAACACCGACUGGUCGCCAUUAUUGAAAGAACAAGUGUGGCCGAUACUAGAAAGGCUUCUCAAAACAUGCAGGAUAUCAGCUUCCCUCAGGACCCAUGUUAUUGAAGCCGUCCUGUAUUUCUGCGAAAGAGACUCACUUGCCAUCCGCCAUGCUGCAGUUAAGCAGGCCAAACUGCUUUUACGAAAGUCAAUGCCAUACUAUCUCCACGCCUCGGUUGUGCUAUUCCGCGGCAUACUCGAUAGAGUUGAUGGAGACCUUGCCAAGUCGGAAGCGCACAUACGCGACUUUCUAUGGCGAGGGCCACGCCCGAAUACCCGUCGUGACCAUGCACUCGAGGGCCGCCUACACAUUUCCCAGAUGGAGAACAAGAUUAGGUGCUACGAUACUGAUGUGCCGUCUUUUGCCUACAAAUGGAGGGCUCAGCAGCCGUUAUCAACCCUGGACAUGGAGGUAACCUUUCGGCUCCAGAGCACAGCCGCUCGAUAUUUCCAGUAUAUAGGCGAUUUUGACGCAGCUAGGGCAUCUUUGGAGCAGUUUCUGUCACUGGGUCGAAUAAAACCUAUACCCACAAACUCACGCCGAGUCUUGCUUGGGAGACUAUCUGAUGUGUACUGCGAGAUGGGAGAGUACGUCAAAGCUAUGGGGAUACUGGAACCUGAACUUGAGCAUAUCGAUCCUAGUGACCGCAUCCGACGUGGAUUUCGAAGGCUAAUUCUGGCACUAAUAGAGGCUAGGAUCGGGCUGAAACAAUUAGAUGCCGCAGAGGCAGCACUCCAGGAGUCACUGAGUGAUCUGCAUCCCUGUCCAGAUGACAUCAACGACCAACAGCUCUACAUAAGAACACUACUGGCAUCAGCUCGAAUAGCCCAUAUGAGGAUGGACCCAGGUGAAACUAUGCUACGCUGGACACUUGCGCUUGAACAGGUUAGCCAUAUGCAUGCGCUCGGUUCGUCUCAUGGGUUCAUAGCCGCUGUGUGCCACUUGUCCUUGGCCCACGCACAACUCUCGAUCGGCGAGAAAAGCGAGGCUCAUCGCUCAUGGACAACAGGAAUGAAGAUAUUGGCGUGUGAGAAAUGCGAAUUCUGGAUUCCUGUUGUGCCUACCGCUUGGCUUCAGAGGAUAGCGGCAGAUAUAUACCAUUCCCAAGGCUGGCCGUUUCGUAUGAUGCUACCCGGAGGAAAGCCAGAUGUCACGCAACAUUGCUUUCAAGACAGUAGCCAUAUCCUGUAA